AUGAGUUCAAGAGGAGACUUCAUCAUUGACGACGAUGAAGAUCCAUUCGCAGACAACUACAAGCUCGCACCAUCAUCAUCAACACUCCUCGGAACAAACACUCGAAGCUCACUGAUUGCAACGCCAUUCACACAAGCUCCAUCUGCCGGACUCCAGUUUUAUACACCUGCUCCACAGAGGAGUCCUGAAUCACCUGUGCUGCCUACGAAUGGUGCAUUUCCGAAUAGCUCGUAUGUUGGUGUUGACUUGAGUUCGACAAAGACUGACUCACUAGCCCAAAAAGAAGAAAUCUUACGCCGAAAAGAGGCCGAGCUUGCAGUUCGUGAACGAACGCUUCAGCAGCAGCAAGAGUAUUUGAGACGUGUAGGCACGUCUGCCAAACCACCAAACUGGCCACCCUUUUAUCCGAUUGUGCAUCAUGAUAUCCAGGAAGAUGUGCCUGAACAGCAUCGUAGAAUUGUUACAAAAGUGUUUUAUCUGUGGUUGGCGAGUGAAGGGUUGUUGAUCUUGAAUAUGUUUGCGUGUUUGGGAAUAUUAAUUGCACACCCACCUGGACUUCCUGGAGCUGCUUCUGAUUUUGGAGUAUCAUUUGUGUACAUAUUUACAAUCACUGCUGGAAGCUUCUUCUUAUGGUGGAGGCCCGCGUAUCUGGCAUUUAGCAAAAACUCGUCCUUUUUCUACUUUGUGUUUUUCAUCUUUAUUGGAUGUCAUAUCCUCUUUUGCUACUAUAUGGCAGUUGGGAUCCCUGGCUCUGGCGCUGCAGGUUUCAUAAAUAUGUUGGGAGCCAUAACAGGAGGUGCUGUGGGAACAGGAGUUGUAUGCAUAAUCGUAAUGGCAUUGUGGAUUCUCAUUGGCACGUACUCGUUAUGGACGAUGCGUGAAGUAUAUGCUAUAUUCGGCGCAGGAGGACACUCGUUUGAGAGUGCGAAGAACGAAGCGAUAGCUAUCGGUGUCAGUAAUCCAACGACUUCAAACUUGGCUCAAAGUGCAGCGACAAAUUACUUUGCCUCGUCAGGUCCACCGAGUCAUGUUUGA